UAUCAACCGCUGAGCUGUAGCGUUGAUAUUCAUCUGAGAAACCAGCAGCAUCUGCAUGAACCGACAGCUGAAGGAGAAACAACGAUCCUAUAAAACCUGCGAAUUUCGUUUGCAUAGGACUAUCUGCUGAAGACGGCAUUUAAAACAAACCAGGCUGAAAUGGCACCUGGCAAGCUAAAACUGGACGAGGAAACCAUCUCCUGUUCCAUCUGUCUGGAGCCACUGAAGAACCCGGUGACCAUUCCCUGUGGACACAGCUACUGCAUGAACUGUAUUGAAGACCACUGGGAUACUGAUGGUCAGAAGAAGACCUACAGCUGCCCUCAGUGCAGGAAACAGUUCAAACGAAGGCCUGUUCUGGAGAAAAACUUCAUGUUAGCUGAUUUACUGGAGGAUCUGAAUAUGAUUGGACUCCAAGCUGCUCCAGCUGAUCGCUGCUAUGCUGGACCUGAAGAUGUGGCCUGUGACGUCUGCACUGGGAGGAAGAUGAAAGCUGUCAAGUCCUGCCUGGUCUGUUUUGCUUCUUAUUGUGAGAAUCACCUCCAGCCUCACUAUGAUGCUGCACCAUUACAGAAGCACAGGCUGGUGGACCCAUCCAAACAUCUCCAGGAGAACAUCUGCUCCAGUCAUGAUGAGGUGAUGAAGAUCUUCUGUCGUACUGAUCAGCAGUGUAUCUGUUAUCACUGCUUAAUGGAUGAACAUAAAGGUCAUGAAACAGUCCCAGCUGCAGCAGAAAGGACUGAGAAGCAGAAGGAGCUCCAGGAGAGACGACAACAAAUCCAGCAGAGAAUCCAGGACCAGGAGAAAGAUGUGAAGCUGCUUCAACAGGAGGUGGAGGCCAUCAAUGGCUCUGCUGAUAAAGAAGUGGAGGACAGUGAGAAGAUCUUCAUGGAUGUGGUUCGUUUCAUCCAGAAAAGAAGCUCUGUAAUGAAGCAGCGGAUCAGAUUCCUGCAGGACACUGAAGUGAAUCGAGUUAAAAAGUUUCAGAAGAAGCUGGAGCAGGAGAUCACUGAGCUGAAGAGGAAAGAUGCUGAGCUGGAGAAGCUCUCAAUCACAGAGGAUCACACCCAGUUUCUCCAGAAUUACCCCUCACUGUCAGCACUCAGUGAGUCUACACACUCAUCCAGCAUCAAUUAUCAUCCUCGUAAUUACAUUAAGGAAGUGACAGCAAUUGUGUCAGACCUCAGAUACAACAUGCGGUUCUUCCUGACAGACACAGAGGCAAACCUCUCAGCGGAAGCCACUGAAGUGAACGCUUUCGUUUUCCGAGCCUCCUUAUUAAAGUUUUCCACCCAAGUUACAGGGGAUCCAAACACAGCGAACAACAAAGUGCUUCUCCUCUCCCCUUACACUGAAGCUAAAUAUCUGAAACAGGAGCAGAGAUAUCCCAGCCAUCCUGACAGGUUUACCUAUUUCACUCAGCUCCUGAGCAAAGAGGAUCUGAUUGAUCGCCAUUACUGGGAGGUGGAGUGGAGCGGCAGUGGGGUUUCUGUUGCAGCGGCGUACAAAAACAUCAGAAGAGCCGGUGCAGAAGCCGAAUGCGUAUUUGGGUACAACCCGCAGUCCUGGAUGCUCAGCUGCACCGUAAACGGAUACAAGUUUUAUCACGAUAGGAAAGAAAUUGCGGUUCCAGGUCCAGUUUCCUCCAGAAUAGGAGUGUUUCUGGAUCACGGAGCAGGUAUUCUGUCUUUCUACAGCGUCUCUGAAACCAUGACUCUCCUCCAUAGAGUCCAGACCACAUUCACUCAGCCUCUAUAUGCUGGGCUGAGGUUCUUCCCAUCCAUAGGAGAUGCUGCUGAGUUUAUCAAACCAGUUUAAUGGGGUUUUUUUUAGUUUACUUUUGAUGCCUGUUAACUAGAAUCACUAGUUCUAUUGAAAAAUACGGAUUUUCUUAUUUU